AUGCCGCUCCAUCUGUUGGGCAAGAAAUCAUGGAACGUCUACAAUCCCGAGAAUAUCGCUCGGGUCCGUCGCGACGAGGCCCGAGCAAAGGCUCUUGAGGAAGAACAAGAGCGGCGCAUGCAAGAAAUUGAUGCAGAGCGACGCAUUCAAAUAUUACGUGGACAACGACCGCCUACCCCACCUCCUCCGCCUCCGGCUGUAGAGGAAUCAGUUACAAGCGGACAGGACAAGAGACAUGGCGACGACUUCACGAGGCACCGGAAGCGGAGACGUCUCGCAGGCGAGGACGAUACAGAUAGAGACAUCAGGUUAGCAAAAGAGGAUGCUGCGCUGGCCGCAGCGAAACGGGAUGAGUUGCUGGCUGCGUCCGUCAGACCGGAGCGGGAUGACCACGUGCCUAUUGUCGACAGCGCGGGCCAUAUCAACCUCUUCACCGCGGAGAUGACGCGGAAUCAGCGAGCAGAGAAGAACGCAGAGGCGGAGGCGGAAGCCUCUAAGAAGAGACGCGAGCAUGAAGAUCCAUAUACGAUGCGAUUCUCGAACGCCGCUGGGUACAGAGAAUCAGCUGGGCAGAGACCAUGGUAUUCGACAUCAGCACGUGAAGUGAUGGCACCGGAUCAUAUGCCUGACAAGGAUGUCUGGGGCAACGAGGAUCCCAUGAGGAAAGAAAGAGAAAGGGCCCGUCUUGAUGCAAACGAUCCGUUGGCGGUCAUGAAAGCGGGGGUUCGACAGCUCAAACAGGUAGAACGGGAGCGCAAGAAGUGGCAAGAAGAGAGAGCAAGAGAACUGGAGGAGUUGAGGAGAGCAGAGAAAAGUUCGAGCCGGAGACGACGAAGGAGGUCGCGAUCCCGAUCUCGAUCUAGAGACUCCCUCAGCAGCCUCGAAGGCUUCAGUUUGGAUGCUGUACCUGAGAAGGAAGGCUCUCGGAACGAUGAUAAGUAUCGCAAGAGACAUAGACACCGACAUCAUCAUCACUCUCAUCGUCACCGACAUGGCAGUCGAGAACGCGACUCCGAACACAAACAUCAUUCGCAUUCUCACCGCUCUCACCGUCAUCACAGGGAUGAAGAAGAUCGCUCGAGACAUCGGUCACACGCGUGA